ACUUGUACGAGUGAGGAGUGCCGAUCGGGAUAAGUAAUUCCUGUAUGCCUAGAAUAUUGGUGUGGACAUAUUCUGUGUGAGUUAUGGAUUACUUUGGCCUGGUACUUCUGAUGCUGUGGACGAUGGGAAUUGAAGCACAGUAUAAUCCCAAUCAUGCACACCGUCAGUGUUCCAGACUGAGUCCCAUGCCGUGUUGUCCUCACGGUUUCCCCAUACCUGGAAGGAUCCGAUGUCCAAUGGCGCGUUGUCCGAUGGGAUUUUCCUGUCAUACUCACGUGCUGAAUAGAUGGGGAGUCUGCUGUAGGAACACCCUCACAAUUAACCAGCGACCCAGGAACACAGGGGCCACAUCCAACGGCGUUGCCCGUCCGAUGUCCCGCACAAUGUCAACAACCUGUACAUCACAGAGUAACCUCCCCUGUUGUCAAUUCGGUCAGCCGAUGGCGGGAAUUGACUGUCAGGUACAGCGAUGUUCCAAUGGCUACACGUGCUUUACCCACACGGCCGGACAAUGGGCAGUCUGUUGUCCAAUGUCCCAACAGCAGACGUCUAGGACAGUUGUGGUGGUUCCCGGUCCAAUGGGUAUUAAUCCGUCCGGACCACUGGUGAUUUCCGGUCCGGGGUUCAGCCCUGGUCCUACGCCCGCAGGUCCAUCUAUACCGCAGGAAACGCAGAUUAUCGGAAUGACGUCAUGUUCCUCCAACAGCCCGACGCCAUGUUGCCCUUCCGGAACACCGAUUCCAGGGACAAACUGUCGGUUCGGCUCCUGUCCUGCUGGAUCCUCGUGCAACGUACACGAGGCAGAUGCGUGGGCUGUCUGCUGUCCCGACACUUCACAGCCUAGGCCUUCAUGCAGUCGGAUGAGUAACGUUGCUUGCUGUCAGGUAGGAUCGCCCCUACCCGGAAUCCAGUGUCGCGUGCAGGCCUGUCCCCCGGGAUAUACUUGUAACUCCCACGUAGGCAACCGCUGGGCCGUAUGCUGUCAGGAUUCAAACACCGCCGUAUCGACACAAACUUGCAGUGUGAACGAUGCGAACGCUUGCUGUCCCCGGGGAGAGAUGAUCCCCGGGACCCAGUGCCGCACACGUCCAUGCCUGAACAACCAGUAUUGUAGCUCGAACCCUCAGGGCAGAUGGGCAGUGUGCUGUCAGGAGUUCACCAACUCCCAAACAGGAAUACAACAGCCCGUUCAGAUCGGUAUCCCCUCCUGCACGGCCAGCAGUCCAACUCCGUGUUGUAGCCGGGGUGAACCCCUCAACAGAGCGCAGUGUAGGACCAGAGGGUGUCCUCCGGGGUAUACCUGUAAUGGAAGCACGGUAACCGGAUGGACGGCUUGUUGUCCUACUGAUGGACCCCCGACCCCGGUUCCUAUGAUGGUGACAAACACGUGUUCUAGACAAAGCCCUCGCCCGUGUUGUAGAAGGGGCAACCCCCUGCAGCCGUGCCAGUUACAGAAUUGUCCAUCCGGGUUCGAAUGUCACACUCACAUCACAAAUGCUUGGUCAGUUUGUUGUGCCGAGACCGUGGACAUGGUUCCCCAGAUUGCCGUCAGACCACCAUCACCCGCACAGUCCUCUUGCAGACGACAGAAUGUCCAGCCAUGUUGUGCAAUAGGACGUCCCGUACCGGGCAUUGACUGUCGCGCACAAAGCUGUCCGUUUGGCUACGCGUGUUCAACAAACCCGGUGGGACUUUGGGCCGUCUGUUGUACUCGACUCGCGGCAUCCUAGGCGAGCACGGUUGAGGAAUGUCUACACAUUUUGGACAUGUUUUGUAAUCUAAGCUGAAAUAAACCAUCUAUUCAAUACAA